GGAGAUAAGAAAGUGAUUUGAAAAAUGGCGGGCAAAAGAAAAUACACAGAUUUGAAGUACAAAUUUAUUCGAGGUCUACAGCGACAAGAGGUGUAUCAGAGGACUAAGCAUUGGCUAAAGUCUUCUGCAGAAUGUACAUCGCGUGCCAUUGUAUCAUUAGAAUUGUGUGACAGACCGGUCAAAUCUACAAAACAGGCAGAAAAACUUGAAGGGAUUGGAACUGAAAUUAAGAAGAAACUAGAGAAAAUUAAAGAAGAUGAUUUUGUGAGUGAAGACCCGCCAGUUAGAGGAAGAUUUGUAUCAUCAGCUGGGGCUAUUUUAAUGGCCCUGUUAGAAGCUACAGAGCUAGCCUAUUCUGAAGGACACAGUAAAGAUAGCUCAGUUCUAGUCCCUGAAGAUGUAGUUAAGACUAAAGCCACAGAAAUGUGUGAUGAACAGUUACUAGAUCUUGAGGAUGAAGACACAACUUUAUGUCCAGCAUGGUGGCGUAUGGAAAUACUCAUCAAAAGAGAUUUUGUCAAGAGGAGAAUUUUUAACAAAGCACCAGUAUAUGUUCUGUUGCCGUCAGGAACAGAAGAGGCUCUAAGAUUAAGAGAAAGAAGUGGGAGGUUACAAGUUAGUGGUAGUCAUGUUAUACCAUGGUCCACUGUUCCUGAUAACAAUGAUGUCCUCUAUACUAACUACGAUGGAUCAGAUGGUGUAGUUCUAUUGGUUGAUAUAUCUGAGAUGGGAGGAGACAGAGUUGGUCUAGGAGAUCUUUGUAGAAUGAUAGAAGAUGUAAACAUUAAGUACAAGACAAGAAAACUUCCUGUUGGAGACUACAGUUGGGUAUGGAACUGUGAUGGAACAGAAAGAAUUCUACCAUUUCUAGUCGAAAGGAAAAGAGCAGAUGAUAUUGCCAGGACUUUGAAGGAAGGGAGAUUUUGGACACAGGUAACAAAAAUGGUGGAAUGGAAACAGCAGUUCACAGCUCAAGGACUACAGUGCCAAUUACAGUAUAUUGUGGAAGGGGAACCAGAACAAUAUAUGGUCAAAUGUAUGGAUGGUUGUCAAGGUGUUGGGAUGUGUGGUAACCCUACAGUUAUUCAGGUCAAGAAUGCACUGAAAGAUUUGAGGUCCCAUCCAGACUUGAAUGUACAACAAACAGAGAAUUUACAAGAUACUGUCAUCAUGCUUGCAUCAAUAACAACAGAACUUCAACAGAGAAUGAAAAAUGGUGAUUUUGAUGAAAUGGUUGUGAAAGAAUUGAACUGUAAAGAGGGAGGGAAGAAGAAAGAAGAGUUUUAUGUUAUUGACAGUGAUGAUGAAGAUGAUGUCACUAUUAUAGAUGACAACCAUGAUAGUAACCAUCCUGUUAGUUUUGAUACUCAGGAUGUUUUCAUAGAAGAAACAGUAGAAACUUCUCCAUCAUACCAGAGAUCAAAGUUUGAAAAGAAUCCUUACAAAAAAUCAAAUACUGGUGCUGUUAAAAAGAACAAUCUACCAAAAGCUUCAUUAUGUAUGGAAAACUCUAUACAACUUCAUCAUUCUCCAGAUGCCAAAAAAUCAAUAGGAUUUGCUUUUGAAACAAACACUUAUUCAAAAUCAGAUGAAUUUCAGAAGGAGAAGAAAAACCCAGCUGUGCCAUUUGAAGAGCUUCCACUUGAGCCUUUUGUGCAGUAUCACUGUUCAAAAGGAAUACAGGCCACACCACCAAAACGGAGAAAUACACCAUCUAAAUAUCAUGGAGCUGGGGCAUAUAAGCCAAAGAUGGAUUACAUUGACGACAGUGUAUUUGAUAAUAAUAAUUCUGUAUCAUACAAUGCAACCUUAAAUAAGACGAAAUAUCAGGAAAAAUCAAAUGACAAUUACAUAACAAACAUCUGGACAGAUGUUAAAAGCAAGACAUUGAAACAUAAACUGGACAACACUAAUACAAAAACUGAAAGUGUUGGUAAAAAAUACUGUCCACGUACCAAGGUAUUUAAAUUGAGGUCAGUUUCAACUACCAGUGCAAAAGAGUCAAUAGAAAAACCUAUUUGCUGGUCUGAUGACGAACAACCAUCAACAUCGGCUUUCACACCCAAAUCCCAUCCUAACCGAAGAAAUGUCAGUAGUGUAAAUACAAGUAUAGACAGUGCAAUAUCAAGUGAUGAGGAGGCUUCUACUAGUAAACAGAUAGACAGUUUUCUUAAAACAGUUAAAUCGAACAGACAAAAGUUUGACAGUGCUUUGUCCGACUCUGACAGUGAUAGUUUACCAGAUCUUAACUUCAAUAGGAUUUCUUCUGUGGAUUCAACAUAUCAAAAAUCUCAUUUAUCAGAGAAAACUUCAAAAGGGUCCAAGAUUAAAUCAUUAGGAACAAAACAAAAAUCUGUUUCCUUAACAACAGAACAAAAACAAAAUAUACAGACAGUAAAAUGUAUUUUACCACAGCUGUCAGAUGAUGAGGUUAAGUUAGCAUUACAGAAACAUUCAUGGAAUGUAGAUCUUACUGUAGCAGAACUGUUAGAUACAGUGAUUGUUUUAUAGAAGUUAUUGAGAAGUACAAAUCAUGGCAAUAAAUGUAAAUUUGGGAUGUGUAUAUUGAUCUUUGACGUGAACCCAUAUUUUGUUGAUGUAAAUUUUUAAUUAUUGUAAUUUUUAAGCCAUCCCUGGUAAUUUCAACCCUGAUCUUUGAGUUUUUGAAAUAGUUACUAAUUGAUUAAGUAAGCUCGUCUUUGAAUGUUUUUUUUUUAUAAAAGUUACAACUUUUUAAUGAUUUGCUAUUUCUAAGGUUUUUAUUUUAAUUUGUUAUAGUGAAAACUAUUUCAAAAGAAAUUUAUUCUCCAAUGGUUGGUUGCAGAAUUAGCAGCCAUGUACUGCUGAUUUUAGCUCACCUCGCUUUUGUUAUCACUUGGCGCCCGUCGUCAUUAACUUUUACAAAAAUCUUCUCCUCUGAAACUACUGGGCCAAAUUUAACCAAACUUGGCCACAAUCAUCAUUGAGGAAUCUAGUUUAAAAAAUUUGUCCGAUGACCCCACCUGCCAACCAAGAUGGCCAACAUGGCUAAAAAUAGAACAUAGGGGUAAAAUGCAAGUUUUGUCUAUUAUUUUGAGAACCAUUAUAAAUAAAGAAAAUCUGACUGGAGCAAAAUUGUUCAGAAUGUGGAGCUCUACCAAUUGUCCAUAUAGUCAAAACUGUCAGACAACUUCUUAUAGGAGCUUAUGCCCUUAAAUGACAAAUUUUACCAUUUUUUUUCAUUUUUGCCUAUUAUCUUGAAAACUAUGAUAGAUAGAGAGAAACUCUAAAUUGCAAAAAUGUUCAGCAAGAAAAGUUCUACAAAUAAGACAAUUGUAGAGGAAAUCAUCCCACGACUCCUUAAUGGAGUUAUUUCCCUUUAAUGAUGAUUUUUACCCUUUUUUUGGCAUUUUGCUUUUUAUGAUAAAAAUUAUAAUAGAUAAAUAGACACUUUAAAUCUCAAAAAUAAUCAGCAAAGCAAGAUCUACUAACAAGUCAUAUUUUGCGGAUAUAGUUAGGAGACUUUCACUCUUUAUAGAAGUGAUUGUCCUUAAAGGAGGAUUUUUUUACCCUCUUUUUUGUUUUGAGCAAAAACUAAAGAAGAUAGAGAGAAACUAAAACAGACUAAAUGAUCGGUAAUACAAGAUCAACAAAACAGAUUUUUGUCAUGAAUUCUAUUCUCGUCUACAAUGUUGGACAGUGUCCUUUGUUAAAUAUGCACACAGAUCAAGGUGAGCGACACAUGUUCUUUAGAGCCUCUAGUUUGUCUUGCCUGCAUAGGGAUUACUAUGCAGCGGUGGUGUAAUCUAUUUGUAUAAAGCUUUAUAUUUCAGACGGUAGAACACCUGGAUGCUUCAUACCUUGUAUGCAGAUACCUUAUGUUACGUAGUUUCUAUCUGUAAUAGGAUAACUAUAUUUGGUAAAUGGGUUCCUUGCAAGGUCUAGUACGUAAGAUAGUGUUCACCUGACCUUGACCUCAUUAUGUGGAUAAGUGAUAAAGGUUAAAGUUAUGUCAUUAGGGCCCCGCCUAGUGGUGGGUCGCCCUAUAGUGAUCAGUCUGUCCGUCCGUCCGUAACAAAUUGUGUCUGCUCUAUAUCUAGAGAACAGUUAUAAUUUCAUACUUUAUACUUGAUAUGUAUAUUAACCACACUAGAGGGUGUGUCAUAAUAUUUGUACAACUUCCUAGGUCAAAGUUCAAGGUCAAAACUUAAUAAAGUGCUUCAUAUCACCUUAUCCAUACAAAUUUUUUACCACACAUUAUUUACAGCGGGGCCCACAAUGAUGUCUAGUUAGGUCUGUUUUUCAGAUACUAUAAGCAGUAGGUCAACUACAUCUGGUGUAUGGAAUGAUUGUAAGAGGUACAUUUCAGUCUGGCAGGUUUCAUCUGACCAUGACCUCAUUUUCAUGGUUCAUUGGUCAAUGUUAAGUUUUUGAGUUUUGGUAAGUUUUUCAAAUACUAGAAGCAAUAGGUCAACUAUAUUUGUUGUAUGGAAUGAAUGCAAGGUUUACAUAUCUGUCUGGUAGGUAUCAUCUGACCUUUACCUCAUUUUCAUGGUUCAUUGGUCAAUGUUAAGUUUUUGUGUUUUGGUCUGUUUUUUUCAAAUACUAUACGCAGUAGGUCAGCUAUAUUUGGUAUAUGGAAUGAUUGUAAGGUGAACAUGUCUGUCUGGCAGGUAUAACCUGGCCUUGACCUCAUUUUCAUAGAUCUUUAAAAAUGUUAAGUCUAUGUGAUACUUGUAGUAAAACCUUUAUCUUUAAGACUUUCAACAUGAAAUCAAUGGUCAGUUAAACAGGCUAGACAUUUCUGCAUGUGAACUCUUGUGUAUUAUACAUAUUCAAUUUUAGGCCCUUAUAAACUACAAAUUUGAGUAAAGAUGGUGCUAAUUAGUUCUUUAAAAGUUAUCAAGAAAAAGACUUUAGAAGAUGAAAAUAUCAUAUUUAAUCACCUUAAUUAUAGGAGCAUGCAGCAAUGGUUUACUUAAUGUUUUUCACAAUGGAAAAAGUUACGAGUAUUUUCAUGAAGUGGUAUGCUAAAAGUAUGAUAGAAGAAAAAGGGAAACCCAAAAGGGUGUAGCUUUAGACAUUACCAGAUGCCAAUUUGGAUGCAUGUUUUAUUUUCAAGUGCCCAAUUUUUGACCAACUCUGGCUAGUGUCUGUGUGCAUGUAGAGUGCUGCCAAUGAGCAUGAUGAUGUUGGGUAUUAAAACUGCAAUUAAAAAAUAUGUAUAUUUCCUGCUUGAUACUUUUGAAUUCCUGUAUUUGAUUGCAUACCAUCUUGAAAACUACUGUUAAAGUAGAAUAUUUUUUUUAAAGUAUAUCAAAUUUAUAAAGAAGGACAUCCAGAUUUCUGUAAUUAUGAGCAUUUAUUUUUUAUUUUAAAUCAAGAUUUUUCUGAUGUUCACAUAUUGAAUUUUUUUUUCACAGAGAAAGAACAUGAUUUAUCAAGCCUUCAUAUACAUGUAUAUGUUUUUCGUUAUAAAGAAGUGAUUUUGUAUUGUUUGUUUUUUGUUUGUCUGAAAUCUUAACAGUAUUAUAUUCUAGUCAAUUACUAUUGAAAAAGAAAAAUUAAAAUUAUCUCACCGA